CAGUAAACCGUCAAUCGCGUCGACUAGUAAUACACAACUAAUAUUUCUACUCAUCCAUCCCGCGCGCGCGCCGCAGCUCGGGGGGCGCAACCCACAUUUUGACACUGCUAAGCCUACUCAUCGCAUCGCGACUAAGCCCAAAAUAAUUAAAAACAAAAAAGAAAAAAAAAAGUUUAAGAGGCAGCCUGAUUGCAUGCAUCUCUUAGCAUGAACGUGGACCUGAGUACCCCCGGUGUGGUUUCAAAUACAGCUACUAAAUCCACUUUCUCUCCUCCCCCUUUGUCCUCGAACCGCACGAGUCCUUUUCCUCCCACCACGGCUGCUGCCACCAAGAUUAUCAUGGCUGCGCCUGGCUUUCUUCCACAAUCGCAACCUUUUAGGUCCGCCGCGCCUGUUCAGCCGCCGUAUCCCCUAUCUAUGGCCAACAUUCAUCCCUUCGACCGCGAUGCGACCGCUAAACCUGUCGGCACGCCCUUUGCGACAACACCCUCCCCCGUCUCGGCUGCCUUGAUCCGCCGUCUACCCGUCGAUACCACCGAAGACAAACUCCGCCUGAUGCUUCUUUUUUCACAGGAGCUGGUUGACAUCGAAAUGAUCUCCAUAGAACAGUCAGAAGAUCCAGGGUUCCGGUCCGCGAUCGUCAGGUUCAAGACUCCUACCGGGGCACAGCAAGCCAAAGACAUGCUUCAUGGCAAGUCAAUCAGUUCAAGCGACGUCGAGUUGAUUGUUGAGAUUGUAUCUGGCAGUCCUACUGCAUCCAGAAGACACCCGAUCGAAGCUGCGACAUCGGCUCCAUCCAGUGGUCCCUCUUCGACGACUUCGUCGGGGCCAGCCUCGCGCCAAUCGUCUCGAUUUAACGGAGGUUUCCAGUCCUUGGAAAACAUUUCACCGCCUAUGAAUGGUAUAUACGGGAGCAAUGAGUUGCCGAACCCUGAAUCCAGCGCGCAUUACCAAAGCCUCUUCUCUCCGCAAUCGCCAAUCGGUAAUCACCUCACCGAGCGCACGCGCAUUUCCGGCAAGACACUCAUAAACCACGAUGUUGCGGAGGACGACGAGACACGCGAGCUUCUAAAAGAUCCAGUCGCAUACGCCGAAAACGGUGCGACACAGCAGCGAAGAGCUACUGCGCCUCAACUACCAAUCAGUCGUAUGGCCAGCUUAUCGCUGAAUACUGCAACCAAUGGGCCAGCUUCUCUACCGCAGUACGGACAUCCCAGCAUGACUCCUAUAUCCGCGCAUGGCAACACUAUAUCCCCAACUGUAAUAAACAGUGCGAGUCACUCAAUCAACUACCAGAUGGGCGGCCAGCACUACCAGAGGCAUAGUAACUUCCCGCCGGUUAACCCCGCCGACCAGAAUCCGCCAUGCAAUACGUUGUAUGUUGGUAACCUACCGAUCGAUACUUCAGAAGAGGAAUUGAAGGCCAUGUUUUCGAAGCAACGGGGCUACAAGCGCCUAUGCUUUCGAACCAAGCAAAAUGGCCCCAUGUGCUUCGUUGAGUUUGAAGAUGUAUCGUUCGCUACGAAAGCUCUACAUGAACUAUACGGUACUCCCCUCCAUAAUAGUAUCAAGGGAGGAAUUCGCCUUAGUUUCUCCAAGAAUCCCUUGGGAGUUCGCUCGGGUCAGACUCCGGGGCAGUCUGGUCCCGGGUCUAUGGCAGGCAUAAACGGGAUGAUGAGUGGGCCUGGUAACGGUUUUACAAGCGCAAACGGCCCUCCGCCGGGUCUUGCAGCACCCCCUGGCCUCACUCGCAUAAACUACAAUGGCGGGUCAACAGCACCCAACAGCGCGAGUACUCCAUACUCUUCGGCGAGUUUCGCAAAUACCAACAGUAACGUAUGGAGCAGUUCUUUGUACAGUGGGCCGCUCUCCGCUGGUGGCUCUUCCCCAGCGACGAACGGUUCCACAUCAGCAUUUCCACCUUAUAUGAUGGGGCGAUAGAUGAUCACCAAAUUGACCAUAGAUGC